AUGUCAUCAGCCCCCAGCCCCAACCUGCCCUCGGCCUACGGGCCCAAGGAAACAGCCCUCCUGCUCCUCGACUACCACAACAUCAUCCUGGGCACCAUCUCCGACGCCGACGCCAAGGAGAAGCUCAUCACGUCCACGCAGAAGCUGCUGGCCGCCGCCCGAGCCUCCGGCGCCCCCGUCGUCCACUGCCUCAUCCGCGUGGACGCCGACCCGGCGCCGACGAGCAAGCUGACGGAGCGCUGGGCCACGGGGUUCAAGCCGGCGCUGGCCGCGGACCCGGCGCUGGGCCGGCAGAUGGGGGCGGUGGCCGGGCGCCGCGAGGCCGGCGCCCGCGAGUACUUCGUCGACCGCGUGCCGGGCCGCGUCUCGGCGCUCAAGUCCGAGGGCAUCCUGGAGCUGCUGCGGGCCGAGCUGGGCGUCAAGAGCCUGGUGCUGUGCGGCGUCGUCAGCAGCGGCUGCGUGCUGAGCACGGCGCGCGAGGCGCCCGACGAGGGCUUCGUCGCCACGGUCGUCGACGACGCCUGCUGGGACCGCGAGCCCGAGGUCCACGACCUCGUCAUGCGCAAGGUCCUGCCCAUGACGGCCCAUGUGGCGUCGCUGGACGAGGCGGUGGGGUAUCUUGGGGGGGCUGGAGAGGCUAAGAACUAG